AUGGCCCGCCCGACUCUGCUGCCGUUGGCGCUGUGCGCUGCCGUCCUGGUGCUCCUGAAGUCGGCGACCACUUUCGUGCAGGCCCCAGCACGAACUGUGGAGGGCCCCCAGCACCAGCUGCGCGUGCUGGAGACUGCGGCUGUGUCAACAGGACUGACGCUCUCAGGCUCCCUGCCGGCUCUGGCCACCUGGGGCGAGGGCUCCGAGGCCGGGCAGAACAUCGACCCAGAUUCCACGGAGGCCUACAACCGCAAGAUCCUGAACGCCACGGCAAUCUGCUUGACCUUUGCCGUCUUCCUUGUCGGCCUCGUGGUCUCCCAGGCACGAAAGCUCGUGGAGAACAGGUGGCUGAACUGA